GAGGAAGUUUUCUGUCGAAUACAGGCAUUAAAAUACUCACUACCAAUAUUCCUUGGGAUUAUAAACAACCAACUGAGCGGGAGCAACUGUGGCCUUACAAGAACAUACACAUGAAGAGCAUUAUUGGUCCCAUGUUACAGAUUGAAAAGCUCAAGUCAAGAAAGUUAAAAUUUUUAAAAUCAUGCCCAAAAAGUUAUCUGGCUCACAGUGGGACCCGUAGUCUAAUCUGAAGAGACUGAAUAGUUUUAAACUCUGACUUUUAGGUUACCUAUGCGGAUAAUUAACUAAAACAGCAAGCUAUGCAGAAUAACUCCAAGAGGAACCAUAAUUCAAGAGUUUCCGAUAUAGACUUGAACUCUGUGGAUACUGAGAAGGAAAAAAUGAAUCAAAAUAACUUCUUUAAAUGGCUGCCUCAAGAAAUUGCUUUACACAUUUUCGGUGAGCUGGACAUUCAGAGUUUGUGCAGGGCUUCAAUGACAUGCGUGAGCUGGUUUGCCACAAUAAGAAACAAUGACUCCUUAUGGAAACCUCAUUGCUUGGCUAUACAAGAUGUCUGCAAAAGAGAAGUAGAUGAUGAUCGAAAAAGCGGUUAUUCCUGGAGGGACAUACUACUGAGGAAUUACAAGAAGAGUCAAGUGAAACUUGGAUGGCUAAGUGGCAGAUACAGCAACAUAUGUUCUCCUAUUAGCCUACCAGAAUCAAUCAUGUGCCCAAUGGAUGCAGAAACCUGGGGCGAAAUUCUAGAGGCAGAAUUGAGAAGACCAAAUCACAAACAGAUCUCAUAAAUGUGAGAAUUUAAACCUAAAAUGACUCUUAGGUUGUAAAAGGUAUAUCUUUAUCCACUCAUUUUGUUGUUGUUGUUGUUCACUUUUUUAAAAAUUUAAUGUUUAAAAGUAGAAAAUUUUUUAAAAGUAAAGCUGUGUUUUUACUUGGCACUUUAGUAAGAAAUAUUUUUCUGGUUUUAAUGUAACAUGAAAAAAUCAUGAAAUGUAUUUUAUAUAAAAAAUAAUGUACCAGUAGAGUAAUUUCAAAAUGUAUUGUUUCAUGUAUUUGUGUUUAUUGUGGUACUUGAAUGAGAAUAGAGUUUGGCAUUUUCUGAUUAAUGAUAAGUCAAAAAUUCAGCAAACCAUUUGAAGAAGCUGUCUUGGAAAUCAUUAAAUGGUUUAUGGGAUGAUAACCUAAAUUAAAUUGAUAGCAAUAUGUUUAAAUGUAUAGUAAAUGUAUAUUUCAAUAACUUUAAGUUUUCCAUUUCAGUGAAAUCAGAUUGAACUGUUAGACAUUGAAACCAUUAUAAAAUGUACUAAAUUUGUGGUUUAGUUUCAAAUUAAUCUGAUCAUGGGGCUAAAACAUUCAGAAUACUUAACUACCAUCAGGACUGCCAUUCUAUUGUUCCUAGCAAGCCUCUCUUUCUGCCCAUCUUAUAGCACCAUCUAGUGUUUUACUCAUAGAUAACCACGACAAAGGACCGCUCCUUUCAGUUUUCUCCACAUUAAAAAAAUAUAUACAUUGUUUCAGAGAACCCUAAAUACGUGACUUUGUUAAAGUUUAUAGCUUCCCAGUAACCUUUAAUUUAAUGUUUGUUCUCUUUUUCUUAAAAGUAGGUGCCAUAGUAUACACUCUACCAGAUUGUUUAUUCUGAAUCUGUGGCCAGCACCAUCAUAGAAGGUGCUUACAAAACAUUUUAGUUAGGAUGGCGUUCUCUUCUUAUACUGUGCUCUAUAGCAUGAAGAUUAAGAAUCCAGAAAAGCAGUGUUUAACAAAUAGGCAAAUAUGAGAAAGAUCCCUUAUUCUCUACAAAUUCUUUUUGUUGGAUCAACCCAGUAAUGAUUGCUUGUCUCUUAUGAUCUUCUUAGAGUUUGAAAGGGCCUUAAAGAUCAGGCAGUCCAAUCUCUAAGACUGUUUGGCAACCUCCCCUUUAGGAAUGUUCUUCCUAUCACUCAUCAUUAAUUCUUUUCUUAGCAACCUCUUUUGUAAAACUUGUCAUCUUGAUCCCGAAACCAUCCCUAACUUCCACUACCAUUCUGGAUUAAGUGGCCCUCUGAAGGUUCCCCAUAGUUCUUUGUGCCAUUCUCAAAGCUGCAAUAGUACAUUAAAUUUGUUUGUUUAUCAGUCUGUCUCCCCCUUUAAACUGUGGGAUUUUUGAUGGCAGAGACCAUUUAUUUAUUUUUGUGUUUCCAAAGCCUGGAACAUAGUAGGUAUUCCAUAAAAAAAUAUUAAAUUAUUUGUGUGUUAUUUAUUUUAAUUCUACCCAAAUUAUAUAAUAAAAACAAUUUACUAUAUUAUUAGUAGUCAAGUAUUGAAAUGCAAUGUAAAACUCCUAAGAUUUAUGGUAUGCUUGAUAUUAAUUCUAAUAUAUGAAUAAUUGUUUUGGUAUGCUCAAAAGUUGUAAUAGAAAAAUCAGAAAGUAGAAAUAUUCUUUUUUAUUUUUUUAAAUAAACACUUGAAAAUACACUUCA